AUGGAGGUGAAUACUGGAAAUUCCUGUUACAAUGAAAAGCAAUCUUUAGUUCAUUCCAAAUCUACCAAUGAAGAAAAAAGGCCUGCAGAAAAAGAAUCGAGCACUCCUGUAUUUGUUAAUUAUGCUGCAAUUGCUUGGCAUGAGAGUAGAAAAAAGUGGGUUGGUGAUCAGCGGAUGCAAAGAAUGGCAAAGGAUCCAAUCAUAAGCUGGUCAACAGCAUAUGAAGAUCUGCUUUCGACGCAUGACUCUUUUCCUGAGCCAAUCCCCUUAACUGAAAUGGUAGACUUUUUAGUUGAUAUAUGGCAUGAUGAAGGCCUCUUCGAUUAG